AUGGUCUCGGCAACAGAUCUCGCUCUCCCUAAAGGUGCCUUGAUCCUUGUCACGGGUGCUAAUGGGUUUAUUGCAUCUCAUGUAAUCGAUCAACUCUUGCAAAUAGGGUACCGGGUUCGUGGUACAGUGCGGUCUGAAAAGCCGUGGUUGGAGGAACACUUCCGCCAGGUGUAUGGUCCUGAGCGGUACCACAAUGUCAUUGUAACCGCUAUGGAGGAAGAUGAUGCUUUUCGAGAGGCUAUGGAGGAUGUCUCGGGGGUCGUUCAUGUGGCAUCGGACAUGUCUUAUGACCCAAGGCCAGACCUUGUCGUUCCCCGUGCUGUUGCCGGGACAAUGAAUGUGCUUGAAGCCGCUCAAGAAGAAGGCACUGUGAAACGCGUUGUCCUGACAUCUUCAUCGACGGCAGCUUUGCGUGCAACUCAGAAUUCCGCUGGAAUUGUCGUGGACGAGAACACCUGGAACUACGCCAGCAUUGAAGCUGCCUGGAGCGCCGACACUCCGGAAAAGGAAAAGCCCGGGAUUGUGUACUCUGCUUCCAAAACAAAACAGGAACUUGCGGCCUGGGAAUGGUACAAGGCCACAAAGCCCGGUUUUGUACUUAAUGCAGUGCUGCCGAAUGUCAACAUCGGGCCUACAAUCGCACCGGAAAUACCUGGCUCAACGACGGCUUUGAUUCGCAGUCUUCUUGUUGGAAACACAAUGCCUAUAGAUCUUCUGAAGCCCCAGUACUUUAUCGACGUUCGAGACACCGCACGCUUGCAUGUAGCCGCUUUGCUUGACCGGAAUGUGACCUCCCAGCGAAUCUUUGCCUUCGCACAUGCUGCUAAUUGGAAUGACAUCAUUCCAAUUUUGCGCAGAUUCCGACCGAACAAUCACCAAAUUCCUGACGCCCCCGAAAAUGAAGGGCGAGAUCUAUCCGAUAUUAGACCUCGCGAGCAGGCGAGACAGCUCCUGGAAAGAUUCUUUGGGCAGCCCGAUUGGACUACCCUUGAAGAAAGCUUGAAGUCUUCCAUCGACGGUUUCUAG